AAUUCUUUCUGGGGUUUUCACUUGUCAGGACAAGCAGAGGCCCACUGUCAGCAGAUAGAGAGAGAGAGAGGGGAACAGAGUGGAUGAGAGAGAGAAACAAAAAGAAACAGGGAGACUGAUAAAGUAUGAAGAGGGAGGAAAGCAAGAGAGAGAUACUGUAGUUUGAAGAGGAACAAAAGUUUUAAUUUGAAUUUUAUAAGGAAAUACAAGAGAGAGAAGGAGAGAGAUAGAAACACUAAGGGGUGUGUCAUAGCAAUUUAGUUCCUCAAGGAAGUACAACUGACAUUUAUCUUGAGAUGGUGGCGAGCAGCACAGAUAGACGCGACACAGAGGGAUUUUAUUUUAUUUUCACCUGAUAAGAUGAAGGGAUUCCAUUAACGAGUGCUCAAUGCUGACAACCUGAGCCACGUGCCGUGGGGACUGAGACGUUUGACACGAAGGAGGGAGGGGGACUCUCUCACACACACAGGUAAGGAUGGAGUCAUUCAGCUCCAAGGAUAUGGCCAUGCAGGCCCAGAAGAAGAUCCUCAGCCACAUGGCCAACAAGUCUGUGGUCCAUAUGUUCAUAGACGACACCAGCAGUGAGAUUCUGGACGAGCUCUACCGUGUUUCCAAAGAGUAUUCAGGCAACCGCUCAGAGGCCCAGAAGGUGGUGAAGGACCUGAUCAAGAUAGCAGUGAAGAUUGGCGUGCUGUUCAGACACAACCGUUUCAGCCCAGAGGAGCUGAGUCUGGCCCAGGACUUCAAGAAGAAGCUACAUCAAGGAGCCAUGACAGCCAUCAGCUUCUAUGAGGUGGAGUUCACCUUUGACAAGACAGUAAUGUCGGAGAUCCUGACAGAAUGCAGAGAUCUGUUGUUGAAGCUAGUCGACUCCCACCUCACGGCCAAAUCCCAUGGUCGCAUCAACCACGUAUUCAACCAUUACUCCGAUCCAGAGCUUCUGACCCAGCUGUACAACCCUGAUGGAUCCUUUAAACCCAACCUCACCAAAAUCUGCACCGGCCUCAACCGUCUGCUGGAGGAGGGGACAUUAUGAGAGUGUGAGCAAGUCUAUGAUUGUGAGAGAGACACUGGGAGAUCUGCUUGAAGGGGUCUGCUUAGAACUCAAGAGAGGACUGUGUGUAAGGACAGGAAGUGUCCAUGCUCUAAAUGAGAACUGGUGAGAUUUGUGACCCAAGUUUUACUUGAUGUAGUCACUCACUGAUCUGUUCAUUUCCAAAAAGGGUACUGCCCAAAGUGAAAGAAUAUGAGAAUAUGCAGGAUGAUGUAUAGUUAAUGUCUCCUGAUGAAUUGUGUCUCCACGAAUGGAGUUCCUGGAAAGUCAGGAUUAGGUUAAGAUUGUGUCAACCACCUGAUUUUAUACAGUGGAAUUUCCGUCCAAGGUUUCACAUACUCAUUUACUAUUCUAGUUUUUCUGUAGUUUUUUUCUCUCUUGCUCGCCAUAUUAUGUACUGUAUAGGGAAAGAUAAACCUCAAGGACUGCACAAUACUGACUGACAGAAUGAAAACAAGGGUUAAAAGCAAGCGGUGAAAUAUAAGAAUAGAGUACUACCAUCUAGUGGUCUAGCUGGCAAUGACUCAGUACUGCAUGUAUCGAAGAAAAUAUAAAAGCUUAUGGAGAAAACAGUGCACAUUUAUUGUGGAGAUACAAGAGAGUAAUUUCAUAAGGCCCAAAGAGAAACUGGAUUGGAAUAUUUAAAAAUAAUUUGGGCCUUAUAAAUCAUAGGAUUGGAAAAAAAUAAAUGCCUUGUAAAUUAGUGCCUUUUUUAUUGUCCAUUUGUGAAUAUAUUGACUUCACAUCUUUAGUUAAUGUUAUUAAAUGUACAAUAUGUGCAAUUUAUCAAUAAAUUGACAGCAAUGUGUGUACAUACAGUACCAGUAAAAGUUUUGGACACACCUACUUAUUCAAGGGUUUUUCUUUCUUUCUUUAUUUUACAUUGUAGAAUAAUAUUGAAGGCAUCAAAAUUAUGAAAUAAUAUAUAUGGAAUCAAAAACAAAAGUGUUAAAUUAAAAUAUAUGAUAUAUUUUAGAUUCUUCAAAGUAGCCACCCUUUGCAUUGAUGACAGCUUUGCACACUCUUGGCAUUCUCUCAACCAGCUUUCUGAGGAAUGAUUUUCCAACAGUCUUGAAGGAGUUCCCACAUAUGCUGAGCACUUGUUUGCUGCUUUUCCUUCACUCUGCGGUCCAACUCAUCACAAUUGGGUUGAGGUUGGGUGAUUGUGGAGGCCAGGUCAUCUGAUGUAGCACUCCAUCACUCUCCUUCUUGGCCAAAUAGUCCUCACACAGCCUGGAGAUGUGUUGGGUCAUUGUCCUGUUGUAAAACAAAUGAUAGUCCCACUAAGCGGAACCCAGAUGGGAUGGUGUAUCGCUGCAGAAUGCUGUGGUAGCCAUGCUGGUUAAGUGUGCCUUGAAUUCUAAAUAAAUCACGAGUGUCCCCAGCAAAGCACCCCCACACCAUCACAGCUCCUCCUUUAUGCUUCACGGUGGGAACCACACAUGCGGAGGUCAUCCGCUCACCUACUCUGCAUCUCACAAAGACAUGGAAUUAGGAAGCAAAAAUUCUCAAAUUUGGACUCAUCUGACCAAAGGACAGAUUUCCACCAGUCAAUGUCCAUUGACUGGCUCAAACGCAUUAAGAAGGAAAGAAAUUCCAUAAAUACAUUUUUAACAAGGCACACCUGUUAAUUGAAAUGCUUUCCAGGUGACUACCUCAUGUAGCUGGUUCAGAGAAUGGCAAGAGUGUACAACGCUGUCAUCAAGGCAACGGGUGGCUACUUUGAAGAAUCUCAAAUAUAGAAUAUAUUUUGAUUCGUUUAACUCUUUUUUUAGUUACAUGAUUCCAUGUGUGUUAUUAUGUCUUAAGUUUUUAUGUCUUCACUAUUAUUCCACAAUGUAAAAAAUAUAACAAAUAAUGAAAAACCCUGGAAUGAGUAGAUGUGUCCAAUCUUUUGACUGGUACUGUAGGUGGUUAGCUAAAUGGAAAUACCUGGGUAAAAAAGGGACAAACUAGUGAAUUAACAGUAACAUCACAUAUAAAAACCAGUAACCAGGCCAGAUGCUUCUGAAAUAAUUAAGGCAAAAUCAAAUAUAUAUUGUACUUCGAAACUACACCUCUGGUAUUUAAACAGCAGAAAAGUUUACAGUGUGAAACAAAAAGGAAACCAUACCAGAGGAAUAUCGUUUUGUCUUUCGUUGAAAUAGCAAGGAGAAACAACAAGUUCCUCACUUUGAUUGAGUAUAGCCAAUUCAGUACUGUAACAAUAAAGUUGGUUGGCAAAAUUAAAUUAAAUAUCAAGGCAACCUUACCACUUACUACAACCUAGUGCCAGGAUUAGAAAAUGAAAGUGCAGUGCUCAGUAUUCUUCUAAAAAUAAAUAUGUACAUCAUUGCAUAAUUGUAACAAACACCCAAUGAAGACUAGGCUAUACCAACUCACAUUGGUUUCAAUAAUAAAUACAUUUUUUAGAGUCAU